AAUAUGAAUAUUGUCUCACAGGGCACAGCGGAGAUGUCGAUCGAGCAUGCCGGCUUCCUCAUGGCGCUCGGCCUCAACGGACAUCUCCGCGACAUGCCCUUCAUGAACAUCUACGAAUACCUGGUCAAGUGCCACGAGAUGAUCAGUGUAGGACUGCUUUUGGGACUUGCAGCUACUUAUAGAGGUGAAAAUAUGUUGCAAGCGACGAAGAUGAUGAGCAUACACCUGGAGCCGCUGCUGCCGCCCACCUCCAUCGAGCUGGACAUCCAGCAGAACAUCCUGGUGGCGGCGCUGCUCGGCGUGGGGCUCAUAUACCAGGGCACCGCCAACCUGCACUACGCGCAGGUGCUGCUCAACGAAAUUGGCAAGCCGGCGGGCGUGGAGGCGGAGACGUGGGUGGAGCGCGAGUCGUACGCGCUGGCGGCGGGGCUGGCGCUGGGGCUGGUGGGCGCGGGCGCGGCCGCGCGCCUGCCGCCGCGCCUGCUGCGGCGCCUGCGCACCUACAUGUGCGGCUCCGGCCUGCCGCCGCGCGCGCCAUCAGGGUUGGGUGACAAGCAGAAGCGUUCCGGGUCUCGCGGCGCGGGCUGCGUCAACCUGGACGUGACCGCGCCCGGCGCCACCCUGGCCUUGGGGCUGGUGUACCUGCGCUCCGGCAACCAGGCGGCGGCGGCCUGGCUCAAGGCUCCCACCACUGCCUACGAGCUGGACUAUGUGCGACCUGACCUGCUGAUGCUGAGGAUUAUCGCUAGAGGUCUAGUGCUAUGGGACAGUAUAGAAGCGAGCGAGGAGUGGAUCGACGACCAAGUGCCAGAGACAAUAAAGCCUUACAUCUUCACCAAGCCCACAGAGGACAACGUCGACUACGAAGCUAUGAACCAGGCGUACUGCAACAUAGUGGCGGGCGCGUGCUUCGCGCUGGGGCUGCGGUUCGCGGGCUCGGGCGACGAGGACGCGCGCGACGCCGUGCUGCAGCGCGCCGGCGCCUUCGCCACGCUCGCCGCGCGCCCGCUCGCCGACCUCGCCGGCCGCUCCACGCUCGAGACGUGUCUCUGCGUGUGCCUGCUCGCCGCCGCCAUGAUCAUGUGCGGGCGCGGCGACGUGUCGGUGCUGCGCGUGUGCCGGCGCGUGCGCGCGCGCCUGGCCGCGCCCGGCGCCGCCGCCGCGCACCCGCACGCACUCACGCACGGGGGACAGAUGGCGGUGGCGAGCGCGAUCGGGCUGCUGUUCCUGGGCGGCGGACGGGCGACGCUGAGCCGCGGGUCGGCGGCGGUGGCGGCGCUGCUGGCCGCCUUCUUCCCCAAGUUCCCCACGCACAGCGAGGACAACAGAUAUCACUUACAAGCGUUCCGACAUCUGUACGUGCUGGCCGUAGAACCCAGGUUAAUACUGCCUCGAGACCUGGACACGGGGAAGCUAUGUUAUGCGCAUAUACAGGUGGUAGACCUGGAAGGCGCGGUGCGGCAGAUGAAGGCGCCCUGCAUCAUCCCGGAGCUGGACUCGCUGAGGGAGGUGAAGAUCAACGACCCGCGCUACUGGCCCAUCACAUUCCAGAGGGAUCGCAAUUGGGAUCAGUUGAAAGUAUUCCUGGAGUACACUUGGUGCAUCGACGUGAAGCAGCGCGCCGGAUGCCUCUCAUACCUCGACGACCCUCAGGGGUUCCUCUCGAUAUUGGCCCAAACACUCACCCUAGACAAAGCAAAUACUUGGUCAGUCUCACCGGAGAACAUUGAGCUCUUCACCAACGAUGAUAAAGUUAGAAACUUCGUGCGACACUACUUGGCCAAAGAGAUUGGAACAAACAUUUGUGCCGAUUGUCUGGUGAUUGGGAAGAAAAGGAAGGGUGUUAAGAACGAGCCGGUGAUGCAGAAGCAAUGCCAGUGCAGGAAGUACAGCAAGGAGGAGCAGGAAUACGUGCAGUCGUUGAGCAUGGUGACGUACGAGUGUCUGGUCAAAGAUAUCCUCUGCGCUCUGCCUAUAUGGACCACGUUUUUGAAGAUAAUCAAAACAAUGAAGACGGAUCCGUCCACUUAUCACAUAUGGCAAGUUAAACUACUUCUCUCCCAGAUAGAGAACCACAGUAAACGCGCUCACAGCGAAAUGAAAGUCGACGGACAAGAUCUCAACAACGAGCCGUUAAUAUCGAGCGAGUUCACGCUUGCCAUCAAGCAAAAAGUGUCAAACAUUCUUGACAGUUGGGAGCUGAAACUGACGCCGUACUUACGGAAAUAUUUGGGCUUGCCGAGCAGCAGAAAGUUUGACUCAUGCGAUGACACGUUAAAGAAGAUCUUGACUGCGUUCUUAGUGUUCCACGACUUGCCUAGAGGCGUCCUGAAGGAUGUCAUAGGGGAUGACGUGUCAGGUCUCCUGGGCCUGGACAGCAAUUUGUCGGUGGAGGCUGUGAGCAAGAUAGAGGCGUUGGUGAGAUGAUCGCGGUGUAUGACCCGCGGCUACGUCACGCGGUCGCGGUGCAAGCUCGACUGUGUCCAUGACUGGUGCUAGGGCUGAAGUGAACUAAAGUACUCUGUAAAUGCACUGUUAAUUUUAAGAUUUAAAGCUGGGUUGUACAACUUAACUAAAUACAUUUAAAACCAGGUUCUGUCACUUAAGAGUUGAAAAAGACAGCACUAUAAUAAGAAUAUAUUUAGCAAUAAUCGUAUUUAGUGAGUCGUGCUAAAAUUUUAUGUAAAAUGAUCCUGUUUAUACAUUUACUUGGUAAUUAUUGGAGUGCUACACAGUAUGAUAGGCUGGCAACUUUGUAAAACAACGUGAAACGACGUUGAUGGACGGAUAAUAUAGACGUUAUAAAUAUUAUACUAAUUGUUGUGUAAAUAAAAUUGAAAAGAUAUCGCCUGUAAAACAUAAAAACAACUCAGUGAAAAAUAAAUUUAACUGCUCAAACAUUUUACUGUUAUUGUCAGUGACUCCAUACUAUGAUUCAGAAUAUAAGUUAAUUAAAUUAUUGUAUUAAUCACAAGUAUAAAGUAAUUCUGUUAUUAAAUCCGAGCUCACCGUGUAAACUAGAGGUUACCAAACCAUUUUUCAUCAUAGACCCUUAUCAAAAUUUUGCUGGUUCGGGAGGACCCCCUGGUCGUGGACCCUCGCUUACGAAUUGUGUACCCCUAUUUUUUGAUCACACCAACGUAGACCUACGUCGAGUCUCCCGUGGACCCUGGGGGUCUACCUGGACCACUCUGGGAAUCAUUGGUGUAAACCAUUACAUAAUUCUACUGUAAUUCUACUAGUUAAGAUAUCAUAGUGCCUAAGUCUCAAUUCAGUAUCUAUAGAUAGUUACACAUUAUAGUCUGUAAUUUAUUAUUUGCUUUAAAAUGGUAGUUGUUUUGACUUAACUGUAUAACAUUUUAACUUUAUAUUAAAGUUAAGUAUUUAUCUACACUGUCAAUUGAAUUACAAAUUAUAAGAGUUAGUAGAACUUUGCACAUUUCGAACUAUACAAUGUUUUUUUUUAUUUAUCCAAAGUAUAUCAUAUUCGUGUAAUAUUAAACCAUUUAAAACUAUUCGCUUAUCUGUA